UUUCUUUGAAUUCCAAUCUGUGUCUUUUUCUCUCUCUCUCGCUCGUUUGCUAUCUCUCUCCUCUCUUCUGCAGUUCUCUUCUGCUGCAUAUUUUCAAGUCCGCCUGAUAACGAACGAAAGAAACAGCAAGCAAAUCAGCGAGAAAAGGGUUCCAAUCUCAAGUGUUAGCAGCGGUUUAUUUUUCUUGGUUGGAAUCUGAUGGAGAACACUAACUGGAGACCUAAUGCCCAAGGUGGAGAACCUGCAAUUGACACCGGUGAUUGGAGAGCUCAAUUACAGCCUGAUUCACGACAUAGAAUUGUCAACAAAAUAAUGGAGACAUUAAAAAGACAAGUUCCAUUUUCUGGACAAGAGGGAUUAGAGGAACUCAAGAUAAUUGCUAUUCGGUUUGAAGAAAAGAUUUACACUGCUGCCAUAAGCCAGUCGGAUUAUCUACGGAAAAUAUCUUUGAAGAUGCUUACACUAGAGUCCAAGUCCCAAAAGCCAGUGCCUAAUCCUUUGCCUCCCAACCCACCUGGCAAUAACAACAGACCUUCUGAUCCAGGAGCAUCUCAUAGUAUGCAGCCCCAAGUUCAAAAUCAAGGGCAGUCACUUCCUAUCCCAAUGCAAGCGAACCAGUCUCAAACGCGUCAGCAAUUGUUAUCCCAGACCAUUCAGAAUAAUAUGACAUCUACUGGGUUUCAAAGUUCUGCCAGUUUAACAUCUGCACUACCCCCCGUUUCUGGUUUAACACAGAAUUCUAUCCCCAGUGUUGUUGGUCAGAAUCCUAACAUUCAGAAUAUUUCUGGAGUUCCACAGAGCACAGCAGGGAAUUCAAUGGGACAAGGGGUGCCCUCCAAUAUUUUUGCCAAUUCUCAGAGACAAAUGCCAGGAAGGCAACAGGUUGUUCCCCAACAGCAGCAGCAGCAAUCCCAAAAUCCUCAGCAGUAUCUUUAUCAGCAGCAAUUACAACUCAUGAAGCAGAAGUACCAGAACGGAAAUUUACCACAUUCACUUGUGCAAUCUCAAAUCCAACAACAGCAACAGCAGCAGCAGCAAAACCUUUUACAGCCAACUCAGUUGCAAUCUUCUCAGCAAUCAAGUAUGCAAACAUCAUCUGUUAUGCAGCCAUCUAUGAUGCAAUCAGUAAUUUCUGGUCUUCAACAGGGUCAGCCUCCUCCUGUUCAACAAUCAACACAAUCCAUGCUUCAACAACAUCCACAAUCAGUCCUCAGGCAGCAACAGCUGCAACAGGCUUCUAGCAUUCAUCAACAGCAAACAUCAAUGAUGCAGCAGCAACUGUUGCCUGCCCAGCAGCAGCAGCAACAAUUAGUGAGCCAGCAACCAAAUGUCACCAAUAUGCAGCAAAAUCAGUUAAUUGGACAGCAAAACAAUCUUGGAGACAUGCAGCAGCAGAGAUUGCUCGGCCAGCAGAAUAACAUUCAAAAUCUGCAGCAGCAGCAGCAGCAGCAGCAGCAGCAAUUAAUGACUCAGCAAAAUAACCUCUUGAGUAUGCAUCAACAGCAAUUAGGCUCUCAAAGUAAUGUCUCUGGUUUACAGCAUCAGCAACAGCAGCAGCUGCUUGGAACCCAGCCUGCCAACUCAAGCAUGCAAACUAAUCAGCACUCUGUACACAUGCUGCAACAGCCCAAGGUUCCAUUGCAGCAGGAAACUGCAACUAAUUUGUUGCCAACUCAAGGCCAGCAGUCACAAUCACAGCUUCCACAGCAGCAAUUGAUGUCACAGAUUCAAUCACAGCCAACACAGUUACAACAACAGCUGGGUUUGCAACAGCAGUCUAAUCCUUUACAACGAGAUUUGCAGCCAAGGCUCCAAGCAUCAAGUCAAGCACCAGCUUCCUUGCUUCAACAGCAGAAUUUAAUUGAUCAACAAAAGCAAUUGUAUCAAUCACAAAGGCCUCUCCCAGAGACAUCAUCAACAUCCGUUGAUUCGACGGCACAAACCAGACAUGCAAACGGAGGUGAUUGGCAAGAGGAAGUCUACCAAAAGAUCAAAGGCAUGAAGGAAAUGUACUUGCCUGAACUAAAUGAAAUGUACCAGAAAAUUGCCACAAAGUUACAGCAGCAUGAUUCUCUUCCACAACAACCCAAGUCAGAGCAGCUCGAGAAGCUAAAAAUAUUUAAGACCAUGUUAGAGCGCAUAAUAUCAUUCUUACAGGUUUCAAAAAAUAAUAUUUUGCCUGGUUUUAAGGAGAAAUUGGGUUCCUAUGAGAAGCAGAUUAUAAAUUUUAUAAACACCAAUAGACCCAGGAAGCCCCUUCAACAAGGACAACUUCCCCAGCCUCAUAUCCAGCAACCACAAUCUCAAGUUACUCAAGUGCAGUCUCAUGAAAAUCAAAUGAACCCCCAAAUGCAAUCAAUGAAUUUGCAAGGGUCUAUGCCAACAAUGCAGCAGAACAAUAUGUCAAGUUUGCAGCAUAAUUCUGUGUCUUCUUUAUCGGGUUCUGCAUCACAGCAAAACAUGAUGAAUUCCCUGCAGCCAGCUUCCAAUUUAGAUUCAGGCCAAGGAAAUGCAAUGAGCUCAUUGCAGCAUGCAGCAGUAGGCUCUCUCCAACAGAUUCCUGUGAGCACUACCCAACAGGCCAAUAUUAACAAUUUUUCAUCACAGAGUGGGGUAAAUAUGUUGCAGCCAAAUGUUCCCCUUCAGUCGAAUCCCAAUAUGCUUCAACAUCAGCAUCUGAAACAACAAGAACUGCUGCAGACUCAGCAGCUGAAACAACAAUUUCAACAGCGCCAACAGUUAAUGCAGAAGCAGCAGUUACUACAGCAGCAGCAGGCAAAGCAGCAGUUGCCUGCACAAAUGCAGGUACACCAAAUGCCACAGUUACAUCAGAUGAAUGAUGUCAAUGAGCUUAAGAUCAGACAAGGGAUGGGUGUUAAGCCGGGUGUCUUUCAGCAACAUCUCUCUGCAGGUCAGCGCACAGCUUAUCCCCAUCAACAGAUGAAAUCAGGAUCUUCAUUUCCUAUUUCUUCACCUCAGCUGCUUCAGGCUGCUUCCCCUCAGUUAUCGCAGCACUCUUCUCCUCAAGUUGAUCAGCAAAAUCUGUUGUCAUCUCUAACAAAAACAGGAACCCCUUUGCAGUCUGCUAAUUCUCCUUUUGUUGUACCAUCUCCUUCAACUCCUUUAGCCCCAUCCCCUAUGCCAGGUGAUUUUGAGAAACCAGUAUCUGGUAUUUCCUCACUUUCAAAUGCUGGAAAUAUUGGACAGCAACAAAUUGGUGCUCAAGCACCAGCUCCAUCCCUUGCAAUUGGCACUCCUGGGAUAUCGGCCUCACCUUUGCUUGCAGAGUUUACCGGUUCUGAUGGUGCACAUGGAAAUGCUUUAACUACUGCUUCUGGCAAGUCAAGUGUCACAGAGCAACCUCUUGAGCGCUUGAUUAAAGCGGUUAAGUCUAUGUCCCCUAAAGCACUGAGUGCCUCUGUCACUGACAUUGGCUCAGUUGUCAGUAUGAUUGACAGAAUUGCAGGAUCAGCCCCAGGUAAUGGAUCUAGAGCUGCAGUGGGUGAGGAUUUGGUAGCAAUGACAAAUUGUCGGCUUCAGGCAAGAAAUCUUACCAUCCAAGAUGGAAUGACUGGGACAAGGAAAAUUAGGCGAUAUACAAGUGCCAUGCCCUUGAAUAUUGGAUCAUCAGCUAGUAGCAUAAGUGACAGUUUUAAGCAGUUGAAUGGUCCAGAGACAUCUGAUUUGGAGUCUACUGCAACAUCAAGUGUCAAGAGGCCAAAAAUUGAGGCUAAUCAUGCUCUUUUGGAAGAGAUACGGGAAAUAAAUCAACGACUUAUAGACACUGUGGUUGAUAUUAGUGAGGAAGAUGUUGAUCCAACUGCUGCAGCUUCUGCUACAGAAGGGGGUGAAGGAACCAUUGUUAAGUGUUCUUUCAGUGCUGUAGCUCUUAGUCCAAACUUGAAAUCACAGUACACUUCAGCACAAAUGUCACCAAUUCAGCCCCUUAGAUUGCUCGUGCCUACAAAUUAUCCUAAUUGCUCCCCAAUACUAUUGGACAAGUUACCAGUUGAAAUCAGUAAGGAAUACAAGGAUCUUUCAACGAAGGCUAAGUCAAGGUUUAGCAUUUCUCUCCGUAGCCUUUCACAACCCAUGUCACUUGGGGAAAUUGCAAGGACAUGGGAUGUUUGUGCCCGGGCAGUUAUUUCCGAGCAUGCCCAGCAGAGUGGUGGAGGAAGCUUCAGCUCAAAAUAUGGAACAUGGGAAAACUGCUUGAGCGCAGCAUGAUUCCUUUUUAAAAGCUAAAGAAGCUGUCAAUGUGAUUAUUUUGCUGGUGCUGCCAUGAUGACCAAACAAGCAGGUUUGCAAGUAUAGACGAUCAUCCUGAAGACUCCUGGAGCAUUUCCUAAAUGUGUGUAUAUAUAUAUAUAUAUAUAUAUAUAUAUAUAUAUAUAUAUAUAUAUAUGCUGGAAUAAUCUUUAUAUGUUGUUUUUAAUAUGAUAAGUUCUAUUUUGAAUGGAUUGAAUGGAUUGUUUAACCAAACAGUAUAUUUGUCGCCUGAUUAACGCUGAAUCAACUGUUAAGGCAAUUGAGAAAUGAUUUUGUUUUUCUGUGACAA